AUGGUUUCAAGUCAAAAGCUUAAGAGGCAUUAAACUAGCAGAUUUAAGAUGGAGGCUAAAACUAUUGAUAGUCAUUUGAUAAUAAAGACAAAUCUAUUCCUUAAUUAAUGCCUCUGUAUGCUGGCUAGCUCAAUCUAAAAGAUGACAUUAAAUUAGGGUAAAUUUAGAACACAUUAAUAUCUUAGAUGGAGACCUGCUCAUCCAAUUAGUAAUGAAGUACCUGCAAGUUUUACGAUUGAGGAGUUCGAAUUAACGAUGAAAUAAAGGCAAUAUGGACAUUUAAUUUACAAAUUUCCAGUUUUCAAAAAUUCUCAAAGUUUGAUUAAUUCUAUGAUGGGGACAAAACCCUUUAAUUCUCAUUUCAAGUAUCAUAUCAAACCUCCUAUCAAUAAUAUAUACUAUGACUCUCAUCCACUGGAAUUUACAAGUGAAUUUGAGAGCGGAAACUUAGAUAAAGUAAUUAGAGCAAUGAGAAUUAGAGCCACUUCUUAGAGAGAUUACUUGAUGUAAAUUACGUCUGAAGAGUUUACCAAGAAUAAAUAGAUUUGGCAUGAGGUGGGAUAUGACUACAAAUAAGGAAAAACUAACUUAUUCAAAUAUAACUAUUACGACUACUUUCAGUAUAGCAGCUCAACAUUACUUAGUUUGCUCUUGCCUAGCCCUACACCUACUCGGAUUUAUUACUUAAAGAUUGAGAAACUUGCUACCUAGAUAUCAGGAAUCAAGAUCCCAAUAUUAACAAUUACUGAUAGAAAAGAGGAAUUGAGAGAUAAAAAGCUUAUUGUUAUCACUGCCAGAACAAAUCCAGGAGAUCCUUAAAGUUCAUUUGUGAUGGAAGGGAUAAUAAAUUUCUUAACAUAGCAGAAGGGUUAUGAGCAAUUUGAAGAUUAAGCCGUCUAUCUAAGGAAAAAAUUCAUUUUCAGAAUUAUUCCUAUGGUAAAUGCUGAAGGUGUGAUUAUUGGGAAUAAUAAGACAUCACUUUCUGGGAAUGAGUUAGAUUUGCUAUUUGAUGAGCCUGAUAAGUUUGCUCACCCUGAAAUUUAUAAUUUGAGAGAGUUGCUCGCUAAGGUGAUCGAUUAUUAAGAUCUUGAGCCGUUUUUGUAUCUGAGCAUGACUUCACAUUUCAAUAAAAAGAAUUUCUUCUUCCAUUCGAAUUACUUUCAACUUCAUGAGAAAAACUAUCAAAGAAAAGGCAAGCAGAGAGUGGUUAUGUGGAAGGAAUUCGGAUUCCUCUACAGCUAUCAAUUGAUGACAAGCUGUUUCGGCUAUAGAGGCUCUAAUAAGCAAAAUCUUGCUUUUGGCAUACUAGAUUUUUUAAAAAUGGGAGAGAUUAUUGCUAGAGCAAUUUAGGAAUUAUCAGUAUUUGAUGAAAAUUAAGAAUAUAAGAAGAACUUUUUAUUUGAUUAAAUGCAAGCCAAGCUACUUGUUAGAGAGGCCAAAAAGGUUAAAGUUUCAAGAGAAAUUAUCACAGAGAUUAAAAGAUUCGACAAAUUUAAAGAAAUCGCUGAGCAUAAAGAUACUUAGUAGCACUCAGCGAGAGGACCUGAGAGGUAAACAUCACUGAUUGACUUUAAUAAAAUUCAAGCAAUCAAACUGAUGAGAGCUCCAAAGAGCUUUUCAAUGAGCUUCAAAGAAUUAAAGCCAAGGAACUAAAUCUUAAAAAUCAAUCAAUCUUCAAUAAGAACUCCUAAGGAUUCUAGGGAAAAUUCUCCAGAAACAAAUAAAAACUCAUUUAUUGACGACAAACCUAGAAAGCGAUUCUUGCUUUUAAAUCAUGUUACGAUGUUGAGUAUGGAUUAGAUUUCCUAAGAAUUUGAAGAGUUUGACUAAAAUCUUAAAGAAGAUAACGAGUAAGAGUAGGAAAAGAAUCAAUUUGAUGAGCUAGACGGAAUACACUUGCUUAAGCUUCGAAGAGUCAUUAUCAAUAAAACGAUACCGAACUCUCCUGAAAAAAAUUUAGUGCUCAAAUUUAUAGAUAAUUAAAUCAAGAAAAUGAGACAGUCAAUUUCUCAUAGCUUGAUUUCAGAAUCUCCUGAUAAGAGAAAAAGUUCCUCAAAUACAAAAAGAUCCCAAAAAUAGGCUCACUAUCAUUAUCAUUGCAAAUACAGUCAUGAUGAAUUAACAAGAAAACUUGACAAGACUUCAAAUAUAUCACCUUAAGUAAAAUUGGUCGAAAAACUUUAGAUUAAACUUUAAGGCAAGGUACCUAAUCCAAAACCUUUUGAGUUAAAUGUGAUUAAAGCAGCUCAAUCUUCAAAUAGAAAGUCAAAAAAAAUAAUUGAAAUAGAGAGGACAAGAAACGAUUUGCUUAGAACUAUAAAUGACACCAGUGAAUAAGAAUUAACAGCUGACUUCAAUAAUUAAAUAGUAGAAGAAGAUAAUUUCUCAAGGGAAAGCACAGAUAGAAAUUAAGCAAUUCCGAUCCCAACUGCAACUAUUAUGGGGGGUGAAAGAAGUGUAGAUGAAAUAACUAUGAAAUAUGAUAGUAUUACUCCUGAUAUUGGAGUAUAAAAGCAUGAUACUUAAGAAUCUGAGAAAAAAAUAUAAUAAGAAGACUAGGGUUUAUAAGUAUAAAUGACAAACAGUGAGUAUUACACUAUAUCCAUAAAUAGCACUAAUCAAAAGAACAAUUAAAUCGGAUUUCCAUUUUAAAUUCCAAAGAAAAAAGAUUUGUACCAGAAAUAUCACGCUUAAGAUUAAUAAAGUUCUUCUAAUACUAGUAUUGGAGGUGUAGUAAUGGGCUUAACAUUGGCCCAAAGUCCAUAAAGAUAUUCAAGAAGAUAAAUUCGUCAUAAUUCAGAAAAGUAGGAGAAAGAUCUAGUUCAUGUGAUGAAUGUUUAAAAAAUUAGUCCUAAAAAAAACUCAAUAAAAAUCAAUACAUAGAUGACAAUGAAAUCAAACUUUCUAACUCAAAACCUUAGAAAACCUCCUUUGCAACAAACGUUUUAGGAUAAAGUUCUCAGAGACAACCCAUCUUUUAUAAGCAAUAAAAAACUAUAAUAAAAUAGUCAAGACCCUAAAUCCAAGACUAUGGAAAUGAACAAAAAUGCUGUUUAAUCUGACUAUUUCGCAAAUAUUAUAAAAAACACCUAACUACCAAAUUUAAUCUAAGCUAUGAAUGUUAAAGGAUCAAGACCAAAUUCUAAAUAGAAUAGAGUAGCAGUAGAUCAAUAUAUUAAAAAGUAUGAGAAAAGGCAUAAUAGUUACGAUUAGUACUAGGCAAAAGACUUAUUUCCAUCUAUAAACAUGAUCCAUUCUUCAAGUUAGUAUAAAAUUGAUCCAAUAAUUCGAGAUGUUUCUGCUAUGAAAGUCUCAAGAGGAUUAUCUCCUUAUCAUGAAAGUUAGUAGAGCUAUCAAAGCUCUGAAUUUGCACACUAAAUAAACUAGAUUAAUUAUAUCACACCUUCAUAAGAUGAUUUUACUAAGAUAAACUCAAUAAAUGCUUUUGAACAAGCAGAAAACCAAAAUAGAAUUGAAAUGGAGGCGAAGAAUUCAUUGGAAGAAUAAGAUGCAUAAUAUAAAACCCUUCCAGAUUCUCAUUAUACAGGCUUGUCCCAGUCAUAAUCAUAAAAGAUUCCAAUUAAUCUACUUACUACUGAAAAUUUAAUGCAAGUAUUUGCUAAGAAAUUGGUCAAACUUAAUAGUUAGCAGUCAAAGAGUAAAACAUAAAAACCAAAAGAGACAUCAUUUCAACAAUAUUUAAGAUAGAAAAAAGACGUUAAAGUUCUGAUGUGGCUUAACAAAUAAAUAAAAUAUAAAAGACCAACUCCUAAUAUAUAAACAUUUAUUUGA